GGUCAUUUGCAUACAACUAUUUUCAUCCAAAUAGUCGAUUGGAAGACUCUUCUUAAUCAAACAUCGCAUAAUGAAAAGGUCUGGUAUCAUGGAAGAUGAGGUUCCAGCCGAAGAGACUGUUGGACUGGACUUGGACAAUAAAGAUCGGACCAUCACUAUUACUGGUUUAAGUCUGGAGGAUGCUGCAAAGAUAAUUCUACAAGAACAAGAAACAUCAGGACAUUAUCAGAUUCUAACUCAGGAUAUACCUGAUGUUCCUGUAUCUGAAGGACAGGCCUGUGUAACUGUUGUACAGGAAGUAACUGAUGAUGACAUGGGAGGUAACUCAAUCAUUUUUGAUGGUAAUUUAGAGCAAACAGGAGAAACAAUGUAUAUCACACCAGAUAUGAUAAACUCUGGUGCUAUUCAAAUGAGUGAUGGCUCCUUAUACCUGACACAAGACAUUGAAGAACAAGGAGAAGUGAGGGGUGAAUACAAUACUAUCUAUAUCACACCAGGGGAGCUAGAAUCUGCCCAAAGACAGACCUGUCAAUCAGCACCAAUUGAGGAGGAGUCUAAUAUUAUGGAGGCUGAAAAUUCUGAAGUUAAAGUUGAGGAUAAUUGUGAUCUGGUGUCAGAAGCCAAUGAGGAAAAGUCUGAUUUAGAGACUUUUAAAACUUUACAUGUCAAUGUGAUUAACAUGGGAGAGGAUGUACCUACAGAUGAACAGACCUCACAGGAUUCAAUAAUAAACCAAAAUGUUGAUUCAAUUGUAGAGAAUUCAUCAGAUAUCACAACUGGUAAAGAAAAUAUGAAUGAAGAGACAGAAAACCAAGUUGUAACACAGAAGUAUGUAGUAGAAACUGUCAAACAAGAACCCUUAGUAACGGAGGAUGUCAAGACGAUUGAUCUGUCUAAACCAAUAGCUGUCACCGAUACUACAGAGAUUAUCAUUAAAGGGAAGAAAUGUGUCUUAAUGCCAAAUCCUGAUACAGGACAACUUUGUGCCUAUCCAGUUGUUCCUCCACAAUCUAAAAAGAAGCGAGGUCGCCCAAAGAAACCAACUGACCAAGAUUACCAACCACCAGCUGGUCAGAACGAGGAAGUAGUUAAAGGAAAACCGGUCAAACGAGUGGUUAAUAAAAUAGACCAAGCUAAUGCUGUAGAGGGGUUACUGGAAUUAUCUAACACAGGACCUGAUGGAAUAAGAAGGAGUGGAAGGGCGAGGAAGAAAAAGACAUUAGAAGAUUAUGAAUUAGAAGAUAGUGAUGAAGAUAAUCAGGACCAAAAUCAGUCAAGUGUGACAGAUGAGAAAGAUUAUGUACCCCCAUCUUACACCUUUGCAUCUCCAAAUACAGGUUCAAAGAGAGGUCGAGGACGGCCAAGACGAUACCCUCCUCCAGGACAGGCUAGUACCUCAUCCAUACCAGCAGUGUUAAUACCAGGAGCUAAUGGACAAACAUUAAUGAUGGCUCCUAUACAGGGGCUGCAAAAUUUUCAGGCCUUCCAAGAACAAGUCAAGUCUCUACCAUCACUAUUAACUAAAACAUCUCAAGGUGUAACAACAAUUAAUGCCCAGAUAAUUUCUACUAGCAAUGGACAGAUCAUUUCUACAACUGCCGGUCAGAUUGUGACAUCAGCUGAGGGUCAGCAGAUAAUAUCUACUAGUGAUGGUCAGAUAAUAUCAACCAGUGGUGCACAGAUAUUGUCCACAAGUGAAGGAUCACUCAUAUCACAUAGUGGUGAAGGUCAAAUAUUAUCCACUGGUGGACAUUCACUUAUAUCAGCUGGUGAUAGCCAAUUAAUAUCAACUGAUGAAGGUCAAAUAGUGUCAUGUGAUAACAGCAGUAUUAUUACCCCUAGUGUUCAACAGUCUGUGAUAAGUGGGGAGGAUAAUUACCUUAUAGAAACAGGGACAAUAGAAAGUGAAAAUGCCAACGUAACAGGAACCGAGGAUGCUAUUCCUGAAGGGUCCUCAACCAAUCCACAGGCUGAGGAAGACGAUGAGGGAAUGGAAAUAUCUGAGUUGGAAAAUGAUGAUGUUAACGAGGAUACUGAUGACUUAGGGGAAGAAGCAGUAUCAGCACAAGCUAUGGUUUCCUCCAUUAUAAAUCCAGAAGGUAGCAGUGAAGGAUUAAAGCCUGAAGUUGGAACGACAAGUGAAGGUCAGACCAUUCUACAAAUUCCAGAAGAUCUCUUGCCCAUAUUUAUGCCAAAGAAAGACCCUAUUAAAUUGGGACUGAAGGCUUCAGAAAGAGAAUUGGAGAAGCUGAAAUGUCCAAAAUGUGAUUUCCAGGCCUUUUAUCUACAACAAUACCAGUCCCAUAUAGCUAUCCAUUCUGAUGAUGUACAGAAAUGUAAAUGUUGUCAUUUUGUCAGCUUUGAUAGAGACUCAUUAUUACAGCAUUUUAAGGACACCCAUCCACGAUGUAUUUGUACUAUCUGUGAUUUCAUGGCCGAGCAUGCCUAUGUGAUAAAGAGACACAUGAUGAGACAUACUGGAGAUGGUUGUACAUGUGAAAUGUGCGGUAAAACAUACAAGGAUCAAUACAUUUUGAAGAUGCAUAUAAAGAUGGUUCACAUGCCUGCUGAUGUGUUGUUUGAGUGUACCAUAUGUUAUAAAAAGUUCACCAGGAAGGCACAUCUAAAACGUCAUCUCAGAAUACAUGAAGCUGAAAAACCAUAUAAAUGUCCUCACUGUGAAUAUAGAGGUUGUGAAAGAUCAGAUAUAUCGAAACAUCUACUUAUCCAUGAAGAACCAAAGCAUGUUUGUAAAGUUUGUGGUAAAGCUUUCAGGCAUAUCAAAAAUAAGGAACUGCAUUUAAAAAGACACAAUGGACAAAAGGAUUAUAAAUGUGGUGUAUGUGAUUUCUAUGGUUACACUUUUACUGAUAUAAGGAAACACAUAGAAAGGAGACAUGCUGAUAUUAAAACUUUAGUCUGUGAUAAAUGUGGCUCUGCAUUCAAAACAGAGGCACUUCUCAGGGAACACCAAAAACAACAGUGUGAAGUAUUCAUGAUAGAGCAGGGAUUCUCAAUAGCUACCUCUAAUGGUGGGACCAGUCAGGCUACCAUACAGAUCCCAUCCUCCCUGUCUUCAGAGGGUCAACAGAUCACUAUUGAUGGUCAACAGAUUACAGUAGAACAAGUCAUACCAGAGGAAGACAUUUCUCUUACAGAGGACGAAUUGAGAGAAAGUUUACAGAAUGGAACAAUAUCAGAAGCACAAGUGAUUGAAGCGUGUCAGGUUGAGAUGGGAGACGAUGAGGAACAAUCGGUUAUACACAUGGAAGAAGAUAUGGAUGAUGGUUUAUCGAUGUCUUUGACUUGAAAACAGUUAUAAAGUAUUAAAUGUUACAAAAUUGAUGCUCAUUGUACAAUAAUGACGCUCGUCUACUUGUUCUGUGUAUGUCAUUUCAAGCGGAAAUGAAAGCCAUGUCUAUCUGAACCAGUACACUGAAUGAGGAAGAUGCAUGAGAGACUGAUCAUUUACCUCUAAGCAUAACAUUAUUUUCAUCGGGGUAGUAAAUCCAAAUACAUAAAGGAGUUUCCUUAAUUAUGAGAGAGCAUAUGGAUCUAUAUUUUUUAUAAACUGUUUUAUUAAUUUAUAAAGAUUUGUAUGAAAACUUUAAUUUAUUGAAUGGAGACUUAUGUAAAAUGAUAUGAAUGAUAUUAAAAUAUGAUCAUA